AUGCAAGUACACGAAAGGGGCAAAGAUGGCAGCAGCUCAGCCUCCAGAGCUGAUGAAUGGAAGCUGAAAGAAACCCGUAAAUGCAGCCGUUGUGAGGAAGGCUUUGAUGUUCCGGAAGAGCUCCAGAGGCACAUCGCAGAGUGCCACCCCGAGUGCUCCCCAUCAGAGGAUGGAGGUCUGGGUGCCACCCUGCAGUGCAUCUACUGCCAUGAGCCCUUCAGUGACGAGGGCACUUUGCUGACCCACAUUGACCAGGCCCACAGCAGAGAUAGGAAGGGCCACACGUGUGCUAUCUGCUCUGAACACUUUUUGUCUGUUGAGGACCUCUAUGCUCAUAUGGACAUCCACCAGCUCCCCGAAUCCAGUAACCAUAGUAACAGCCCUUCUUUGCUGACUGUGGGCUACACUUCUGUCUCUAGCACCACUCCUGACUCCAACCUCUCUGUCGACAGCUCCACAAUGGUGGAGACAGCACCUCCUGUGCCCAAGACAAGGGGCAGGAGAAAGAGGGCUGCUCAGAACGCAACAGACAUAGGAGGUUCCUCUAAACAGGCUAAAGUCUCCUACAGUUGCAUUUACUGCAACAAACAAGUCUCCAGCUUGGCUGUGCUUCAGAUUCACCUACGAACCAUGCAUCUGGACAAACCAGAGCAGGCUCAUACUUGCCAGUUUUGUUUAGAAGUUUUGCCCUCUUUGCUAAAUUUGAAUGAACAUCUUAAGCAGGUCCACAACGCUGAAGAUCAUGCUGCCCUUUUAGCCAGCUUACCUGAUGCCCUUCAGUGUAACUUCUGCCCUGAGGUAUUGAGUGACCUAAAUGCCCUCCAGGAACACAUCCGCUGCUCCCAUGGCUUUCCCAGCCCAGUGGCAAAGGAGAGCAAUGCCUUCUUCUGCCCCCAGUGCUUUAUGGGGUUCUUGACAGAGGCUACAUUGGAAGAGCAUGUUCGUCAGACACACUGUGAUGGGGGCAGCUUGCGCUUCGACUCUCCCUUGGCUGUAACUCAGGAGCCUAUAGUAGAGGUGUACUCCUGUUCGUAUUGCACCAAUUCUCCCAUAUUCAACAGUGUUCUGAAGCUCAACAAACACAUCAAGGAGAAUCACAAGAACAUUCCACUGGCCCUGAACUACAUCAACAAUGGAAAGAAAUCGCUGCGUACUCUCAGCCCCUCCUCACCAAUAUCUGUGGAACAAACUGCCAUGUUGAAACAAGGCAGCUCAGCUUCACGCACUACCAGUGAGUUCAUAUGUAACCAGUGUGGAGCCAAGUAUACGAGUUUAGACCUUUUCCAGACUCACCUCAAAACUCAUCUGGAUGGUCUGCAGCCUCAGCUGACAUGUCCACAGUGCAACAAAGUUCCCAACCAAGAAUCUCUCCUGAAGCAUGUGACAAUUCACUUCACUAUUACCUCCACGUAUUACAUAUGUGAGAGCUGUGACAAGCAGUUCACGUCAGUGGAUGACCUGCAGAAACACCUACUCGACAUGCAUACUUUUGUGUUCUUUCGCUGCACUCUGUGCCAGGAGGUGUUUGACUCAAAAGUAUCUACCCAGCUCCACCUGGCUGUAAAACACAGCAAUGAGAAGAAGGUGUAUCGCUGCACUUCCUGCAACUGGGACUUUAGACAUGAGACUGACCUACAGCUACACGUCAAACACAGCCAUCUGGAGAACCAGGGUCGUGCCCACCGCUGCAUUUUUUGUGGGGAGUCAUUUGGCACAGAAGUGGAGCUGCAGUGCCAUAUCACAACCCACAGCAAGAAGUAUAACUGUCGCUUCUGCAGUAAGGCCUUCCAUGCCAUUGUCCUUCUGGAGAAGCAUUUGAGGGAGAAGCACUGUGUGUUUGAGGGAAAAACACAAAACUGCGGUGCUAAUGGCUCUACUGUGAGUGGUGGGGAUGGCCAGCCUAAAGAAGACGCUGAGCUCCAAGGUCUCCUAACUAACAGCCAUGGCCCAGGGGCAGCAGGAGGAUCAGUGGUGGAGUCUCAGAACAGCCAUGAUGGAAGUGAGGAAGAGGUGGACACUGCAGAACCCAUGUAUGGGUGUGACAUCUGUGGGGCGUCUUACACCAUGGAGUCCCUCCUCACCAACCAUCAGUUGAGAGAUCACAAUAUACGCCCUGGUGAGAGUGCCAUGGUAAAAAGGAAAGCUGAAAUGAUCAAGGGCAACCACAAGUGCAAUGUCUGCUCUCGUACCUUCUUCUCUGAAGCUGGGCUGAGGGAACAUAUGCAGACCCACCUUGGGCCUGUCAAACACUACAUGUGUCCCAUCUGUGGGGAACGCUUCCCUUCCUUGCUCACCCUGACUGAGCACAAGGUCACCCAUAGCAAGAGUCUGGACACAGGCAGCUGCCGCAUUUGUAAGAUGCCACUUCAUAGUGAGGAGGACUUCCUGGAGCACUGCCAGAUGCACCCUGACCUGAGGAACUCCCUGACAGGUUUUCGCUGUGUGGUGUGCAUGCAGACAGUCACCUCCACAUUGGAGCUCAAGAUCCAUGGUACUUUCCACAUGCAAAAGACAGGCACUAUGUCCGCCAACCAACCCAUGGGCCGCAGCAAUGCCAUCUCUCAUAACCAGCAGCAACACCACCUCCAAAAACUCUUCAAGUGUGCCUCUUGCCUGAAAGAUUUUCGGUCCAAGCAAGACCUAGUGAAGCUGGACAUCAACGGACUGCCUUACGGACUGUGUGCAUCCUGCGUGACAGCUGCUGGGUCCAAGAGCUCCAGCCCAACGGUGAAUGGAGGAAGGCAACAGCAGCCGCAUGGAGGAGCCACCACUCCUGCAACAACUACAGCUGCCUGGAUCCAGGGUGACAGUCUCAGUCCUGGAGAUGGGAGCAAAGCUGUGUCUUCAUCUUCUUCAUCAAGCUCCACGUCCUCAUCAUCUGCAGCAAAAACACGAUGUUCUAGCUGCAAUGUGAAGUUUGAGUCUGAAGCUGAGUUGCAAAACCAUGUCCAGACGGUGCACCGCGAGCAGACUGGGGACAGCAACAGCGGACAGCUCAAGACCCCCCAAGUGUCCCCCAUGCCAAGAGCCAGCCCCUCACAAACGGAAGAGAAGAAGACAUACCAGUGCAUCAAAUGUCAGAUGGUGUUCUACAGUGAAUGGGACAUCCAGGUUCAUGUGGCCAACCACAUGCUGGGCUCACAAGUGUCUGGAUCACAUCACCAAAUAGAGGAAGGAUUGAACCAUGAAUGCAAGCUCUGUAGUCAGUCAUUCGACUCACCAGCGAAGCUUCAAUGCCACCUGAUUGAGCACAGCUUUGAGGGCAUGGGUGGAACCUUCAAGUGUCCGGUCUGCUUUACAGUGUUUGUCCAGGCCAACAAGCUCCAGCAGCACAUCUUCUCUGCACACGGACAGGAGGAUAAGAUCUACGACUGCUCGCAGUGCCCACAGAAGUUCUUCUUCCAGACAGAGUUACAGAACCACACGUUGACUCAGCACAGCAGCUAACAUGGCAAAGCUCAGCGCCGUGGCCGAGAACAAGGAUCACAUGACGCACAGAAUAAUGUCCGACCGCCAAUUACCGUCAGUGCAGUUUCCCACUGACUGUCUUGCACUGAACUUUCGAUUCAGUUACACCACAAGAAACCUUGCCACAGCAAGAAAAAAGAAAAGCAAAGAAAACAAAAGAAAGAGGGGGAAAGAACAUAAAAGAAAACCUCUCCGUUCUUUACUAACCAUUAUUUCAAAAAUAAAGAAAAAGCCAACUUGUUUGUACAUAGACUUCUUCAUGUGUUGCUUAACUACAGCUAUAUUGCAAUCUUAUACAGUAUUUGCCAAUGUACAGUUCAAAAUGUUUGUCCAAAAAAGAGAAAGGGGAAAAAAGAUCAAUUGCAUUGUCAGUCAGACCAGAUGGGACUCAACCAGUUGUUGUAAAGGAGAAACAGGGUGCCACUGAGAGCAUAGGAAACUGUAGGAACUGGCAAGUGUUGUCAGGAGGACUCUUUUCAUCAGCGCCACUCCUACUGUGCAGUACGUCACUCUGUAUCCUGACAUGGUCAAUCAUUAUGGGGUAGAAAAGCUUGAUUCACCAGCAUAGGCUGAUAUUUUGUCUGUGUGUCCGUCAUAAUAUGGCUGCCAGAGGACCAGCUGUGAACGGCGGUGCGACUAAUCUGCACUGCCUGUGCUGGAGUGCAGACGAGGGGUAAAAAAGAAAAAGGAAAAAAAGAAAAAUAACACGGAGAGAACAGGAAAACAGGACAGGGGACAGGAUGCUGAUAUAUGCAAACGCAGUGACACAGAUUUGGAAAAGGCUAGUUCCUCUGGUUGGCUCGUGAACAGAGGCGUGAAGCUCCCACGUGGCUCUCAGAGCAUGGGGAAAUCUCCAGCCCACUGAUUCAACCUGUACAUUUCUGUUCUUAAUGUUUACUGCUCGUUGAAGCCUGGAGAUUACUGGAAUAUUUUUUUAUGUUUUGUUAUCUCAACAUAUUUUUUCACAAUGGGGGAGUAAAAAAAAACAUUUGAAUUUGGGGUCAUGAGGACUGAACGCAGUGUCAGUCCAUCUCGGGGAUAUACCGUAGUUACAAAACUCCGUCCCUGGCUCUCCUGGAGAGUGCCCAAGUACUCCUCUCGUUUCUUUUUGCAGUGUCUCAUCGCUCUCUGCUCAAGCUGGAAGCCACUGUGGCGUCAUACAAAACUUUAAUCCAUUCUGUUCUGUAAAUGUUUUGCAUUCAUUGAACCUGAGAUGCACUUUUGUAUGAAACUUUAAUGUUUUGACAUUUUGAUUGAGAAUUGUUCGUACACAGUUUACAGGAAAUCACCAUCUCCUGCAGCAAAAGGACAGUUAUCUCCAAUGUUAUUAAAAUGUAUUGUACAAAUAUGGAGUUCUGUAUUUGGCAGACCUCGUUUUUUGUGUUGCACAUGUGAUGGAAAUAUUAAAAACUGUAUGAGAAAAUGGC